CUCUCCCUAGAAACUCUUUCUUAUUUUGUUUUUGACUCUUUCUCUCUCUAAACUAACCGCUAAAUAAAACCCGAGCGAACUCAUUCAGACACAUCUCUAUUGCAUGCUCUGCUUCUCUCUCUCCCUCUCUCCCUCUCUCUCCCCUUUCCCCCUCCUCUUUCUAUCCUCAUUUUCUUGAGAAAAUACUAGAAGAAGAAUCACCGGCAAACUACAAAAUACAAGCUUCCAUGGCGGUUGAAGCUCCACAUGUGAAUCUCUUCCCUUCUCAACCCAUCACCAACAGAAGUUUUCCCAAUACGAACAAUGGAAACUAUCACACACUGAUACAAUCUGAUCUUCCCCUGGCUGGGGCCAUCGCGGAAACGUUCUUGCCUAUGUAUCAAUCAAGCUUUUGUGAUGCAAAGGCACCGGUGAAAGCGGACAGUGGCCUCACCUAUAAUAUUCCAGUUCCGAGAAAGCGUUCAAGGGAUUGGAUGAGCAAUCAGCAAAGCGUUUUCGACGUUUCAUCCCUUUUCGGCGAAGAACUGUCCCUUCAGAUGCAACAGCAGCAAUUAGAGAUUGACCGUUUGAUCGCGGAAAAUACAGAGAAGGUGAGAUUGGAGGUCCAGGAGAGGAGAAAGCGGCAGUCGAGGAUGCUGGUGAAUGCAAUUCACCAAGGAAUCGGGAAAAAACUAAAAGAAAAAGACGAGGAGAUACAGAGAAUCGGGAAACUGAAUUGGCUCCUCCAAGAAAGAGUGAGAACCCUUUCGGUAGAGAACCAAAUAUGGAGAGAGCUAGCGCAGACGAACGAAGCCACCGCUAACUCCCUCCGCACCAACCUGGAGCAGGUUCUGGCGCACGUGACAGAGGAGCGGCAGUGCGGCGGCGGCGGAGACGCUGGCGCAGCAGAAGAAGAGGCAGAGUCGUGCUGCGGAAGCAACGGCGAGGAGAGGGGGGAGUGUGGCGGGGAAAGAGGAAACGAAGGUGAAAAAAGCGAGAAGCGGAAGUGUCGAAAGUGUGGGGUGGGGGAGUCAUGCGUGCUGUUGCUGCCAUGCAGGCAUCUGUGCAUCUGUACGGCGUGUGGGUCCACCACCCUCACUACAUGCCCCGUAUGUAACUCUGUCAUUAAUGCUAGUAUCCAUGUUAACAUGUCCUAGAAACAGUGAACAGACCACACACCUUCAAGACUUAGAAGGAGUACAGCAUUAUCAGAUUACACAAAUUUUUUCAUUUCUCUCUUUAUCAUUUUUGGUAUAAGAAAAUGCUCUCAAUGGGCACCAAGCAUUUCCCUUGA